GGCUGAUCUGACUAAUUUGUGGGGCUCGGCAACAAUUGCACCACCAACAAUGUUAACUUCGCCCAUCCAAAGUACGUCGCGAGGGGAGCUACAUCUUGUCGCAAACCCUACUUUUUCCCCUUCUUAACACUUAUUUCAUGUCUCUAUUUUUCCAGCAAUACGCGUCGAUUGCCUCACCAAUCCUUUCUCUCUUUCGUUAAUUCAAUAAUAAAUCACCUUCGAUAGAAUCCGGCGCGUCUAACAGCUUUUGAAGUUCGCUUAGUAAACUUCCAACAAUAGACUCAAAUGUCUCGCGCAUCGUCCAUUCUGAAGCCCAUAACCGUCUCGACUUUAUCUACCGUACAGUCUCGACUUUUCUAGCCCUGACUAAUAUUUUGCGACGGGCAUGCGACAAGACCAUUCAUGACGCGAAGUGGUGCGACCUGGAGGUUACGGAACACGCCUUCGCCACCGUACGUAUCCUAAGCGCAAGGCACCCGAUACGAUACCUUUAACCAUACACGAUUACUCGAUUACUCCACACCCACGAUCUCCUUCCGACCCAUCCAAGAUCUUCGACCCACGCCUUCAUACCCAUGAAGGCGAUGGCCAAUGCUCAGCUCAUGCAGGAGGAGCUACAACAAAGUGUAGUACUGUCUGAAGAGGAUGCUGAAUUUGAAGAGGACUUGCCAAACCAAGUAACCAUGGCCGGUGGUAGUAUCCCCCAAGUUAUUGGCAAUUCAGGCCCUUCCCGUCCUCCUCAUUCGAAUCUCGUGCAUUCGCUCGGAGAUGACGAACCAUUUUCUAAAUAUAAACCUGAGGAAGUGGAUGGCUAUGAGAUACAGGACGACAAUGAGGUCGUUCAAGUAGCCGAAGAGGAUCUGGUGCCAGAAGAGGACGAAGAGGACGAGUUGGGAGACGAACCAGCCGAAGAGGAUGAUGCAGAUCAGGACGAGAAUGAGUCUAGCGCUGACGAUGACGUCCAUGAUGACGACGAUGCGUUCGAUGUCGACGCCGAGGGCGAAGAUGAUGAUGAUCUUGGUCUGCGUCAAAUUGAUCCGAAUCUAGCUUCUAGUGAUGAAGGUGAAGCCGAGCAAGAAGAUGACGAGAAUGAGGGCGUCGGCGCUGUGAAAAUCAAACCUGGUGAUACCGAUGACGAGGAGAGUGAUAGUGACGACGAGGUCAGUUUGGCGUCGGGUUCCAGUGACCGGGAAUCCGCAGCAGAAUGGGAAGAUGCCGUCGAUAAUGAUGAGGAGGAAGAAGACGAAGAAUCUGACGUAGCUGACCCUAAUACGUGCAUUUUCUGCAAGAAAGAUGAGGAGCACGAUCCGGGCGAAGAGUUUGAGUCUUAUCUCACCUGCAAAGGUUGUGGUGAACACGCUCACCAACAGUGCGCCCGAGAUGAAGGAGCUCUUGACGAGAAAAAAAAUGCCUCGAAUUGGAGGUGCCCAGAUUGCGCUCGCGACGAAAUGGGCUCCGAUUCAGAAGCAGAGUUUGACCGUGAGAACGCAGAAGGUGAUCACGACAUGGAGCUAGACGGUGGCGUGGAUAGCGAUUUAUCUCCUACGUCUACCAACCGAUCAACCGCUCCUAAACUUGCUCGAGACCUUCUCCCUUCUCAGCGCGGCAUGAGCAAGCCAGAUUCACACUCCGUCUUUAAUCAACUAGUUCUAGAUGAAGAUCCUAUGGACGGCUCGCGAGUCUUACGUAAGAGGAAGACGUCGUCAGCCGAGGCAGAGGAAGAAGAAGAAGUGCUAUCGUUGCGAAAACGAAGAAAGAAUACUUCCGAGGGGUCUGUCCAAGAUGAGGCCGGCCAAGAUAACUCGAAUGCGGCGGAGUCAUCAAGUAGACAACGGUCAGGGCGCUCUUUGCGACAUAAGGCGUCAAACUCAGAAGCCCUAUGCACGAUUGUCAAGAAAUCGCGUUCCAGUCUAGUAGUAAAGAUGCGAGUGGGUGCAACGGAGUUAAAUAAGAUUUUACAGACCCCACGAUCGAGGAGGAGAAAACGAACUGGCCGGGCAGUUGCAUCCCGCUCGUCGCGAUCUGCCAGAAACGUCGCAUCAACACGGGCUGCUGCUGUUGCGGAGCCGCCUCCGAUGGCUCCCUUCUUCCCGUCCAGCUACUCACAGCCCUUCUACUCAUUCUAUGACAAAGAGCCGGACGAGCUUAAAGGCAAACCGUAUGGUGGAAUCUUGACCGAGGAACAGGCGGAUACGACCAAGACAUUGCCUACGAAAGACGACCGACGCCGUUUCGAUGAGGCCAAACAGAAAGCCGAGGAGGAAUGGAGGAAUCGGUUACUCGCUAUGCAAGCGGAAGCCGAGGUGCCGGUCAAGAAGUCGAGGAAGGCUUCCGGCCCCGCAAGCCAGAUUGAGUGCAUCGAAUUUGGGGGCUGGGAAAUAGACACGUGGUAUGCAGCUCCGUACCCUGAAGAGUACAGCCGCAACCGGGUUCUAUACAUCUGCGAGUUCUGCUUGAAGUACAUGAACUCGGAUUACGUCGCGUGGCGCCACAAGCUCAAGUGCCCUGCAAAACAUCCGCCAGGUGACGAAAUAUACAGACAUGGCUCCAUUUCCUUCUUCGAGGUUGACGGUCGGAAAAACCCAGUCUACUGCCAAAACCUCUGUCUCUUGGCCAAGCUGUUUCUCGGUUCCAAGACUCUUUACUACGAUGUCGAGCCGUUCUUGUUUUAUGUUCUUUGUGAGUAUGACGAUAUGGGCUACCAUUUUGUCGGUUAUUUCUCCAAGGAAAAGCGUGCGAGCAGUCAGAACAACGUCAGCUGCAUUCUAACGCUACCUAUCCAUCAGCGAAAGGGAUACGGCCAUCUGCUUAUUGAUUUCUCUUAUCUCUUAACGAAGGUAGAAGAGAAGACUGGAUCUCCCGAGAAACCGUUGUCUGAUAUGGGCCUUGUUUCAUACCGGAAUUACUGGAGACUGAUAAUCUGCAAAUACCUCAUAGACCAUAUGCCUGAGGAGAAGACACAGAAGAAGGGUCUGAGCAUCAGGCAGAUAUCCGACGAUACAGGGAUGACUCCUGACGAUGUCAUAUCAGCCCUCGAAGCGCUACGUUUUCUUGUUCGUGACCCCGUCACUCAAGUGUACGCUUUCCGGGUCGAUUUAGCAUACUGCCACAAAGAGGUUGCGAAAUGGGAAGCAAAAAAUUAUGUGAAGUUAAAUCCUAAAAACCUCACCUGGAUGCCCUAUGUCAUGGGUCGUAGCAAUGCUACGAAUUUCGAAUUAGGGCCAGCCUUAAAUACGAUUGCACCUCGCGAGGAAGACGAAGACAUCAAAGCCGUCCAAAACCUCGCAGAGAGUGGCAUUGCGACUGGAGAUUUUGCCAUCACCCAGCCAGUAAACCAAAAACCGCCUCCUGGAGCUGAAUCGUCGGUUCUCGAAUCCACGGAACCAAACGACAACGCUAUUGUGGAGAACAAGGAAGACGCGAAGCUUAAUGGAAUUGGCAAAGAGAACGCGGAAGCAUCUGGGGGCCAUUCGGAAGACCCGAGAGCGUCAACUAGUGCCGCCGCGAGCGCUCCUGAUGACGAGAAUGCCUGGAUUAAGGCCUACGACACGAUUCCAGUCAGUAGAUUCCAAGUUUUCCCUGCUAUCAAUAAUAGACGUACAGCUAUAUCACGCCUCAAUUCUACUAUAUCUAGACCGGCACCAUUGCCACGCAUCCCGCCUCCCAGCGCACGACGAAUCGCGCGGCCCAAAGCUCGUCGCUCGACCGGUAGUGCCUCGGUACGGAAGUCAGCUCCGAAGGCAAGUAAUGGCAAACGUAAGCCUGGCGGCACCGGUCGCGGUCCGGGUCGUUGGCCGAAGGGGACCAAGAAGAGCGAUUACGGCAAUGCAGACAGCGGGCCAGGCCUACCUCCAGCAUGGCUCGAACGACAGCGUCAGCAGCAGGCGGUGGCGACUACCUCCACGGCCGAUGAAAAUACCCAGGAUACUGUCCAGGUGCAAACAGAGGCUAGCAAAGGCCAGAAGGGCAAACAAGUGGCUGUCUUAUCAUUCAAAUCCGAGGUCGUUGCCGAGGACGGUACCGUUUUGACGAACGACGCUAACGGCGAUAUCGUUAUGGGCGGGACCAGCAAUCAGGAAAACGCGACUGAAGAGGCGUAACCGGCGCAGAAUUGCUCAUCGAAGAAUCGCUAGGGGCUGGCGCUUGCAAGCAUUGUGUAGAAUUUGUGUAUAGCUUACUCACGGUGCUUUUCUGAAGGGGCCCCGCGUAAAGGGAUCGAGGGACCCUUGGGGAAGAGCACGGGAUUUCGGAGGGUCGGCGUCAAGGCGAAUAGCAAGCAGGCAGUUAUGGGAUUCUGCUAGAUACCUAAUUGAGAGCUUGAUUUGUGUCAUUAAUGAGUGUUUUUGGUUUUCUAUACUUAAGAAUUCCGCGGGGAGGGUAUGAGUGGCUGAGUUUUAUGAUUAGAGAAGUUAUUGUCUCAUUGAAGUCGGGUAGGUAAGUCUUUAUAUCUUGAGAGAUAUGGAUGUUUAGAUAAUUAAACGAGAUGUUGAGGAAUGUCUUCUGGCUUUGAAAAUCUAAUAAAGGUUUGUUAGGUAGGAAUACAUAGGAGGCUAGAUGGUGUUGGUCCUUACCCCGACUAACAAGUCCUUUUUAAGGAAUGGUCAGGUUAUUCUUGUAUAUCCCCAAGGCAUGGAUUCGUACUCGGUCUCUUUCUCUCAAUUAUUCUGAUAUGGUUUACAUGGUGUAAAAGUGUUGAGUAAACUUUCCACUCAGGUUUUAACUACUAAGAAAGAGAUAUCCCAGUUAUUAAAUGAGCUACUUAUACUCGAACUUGUUAGUGCUUGUAUGAGGUCAGCGAACUCUCUGUGUAGCAACAUACCUAUUAGGUGCC